AGAGAGAGUGCUAUAAAUGCGGGGAGCGAUAAAAACUAGGUUUACCAACGUAACCGACCAUCAUCUACAAGGCUGACUUCUUCCCCAUCCCACCAGCCCGAUCCAUGCUCUCUCCUGUUGGCUGCUCUUUUCUCUCUCUUUCCCUCUCUCCAAACACCCACCCAAAUACCAACAAAACACAUACAACCUACCCUCUGCCACCUCUUGAGUCGGUUGAUGGCGGUGCGUUUCAACAUUUUCAGAAAUUUGAACAAUGCCGACAACCUUUCAUCUGGGGAUGCGUAAAAAGUUAAGGCGAAUAGUGGUUUUUGUUUUGGUUUCGAUUUAUUGAUUGAUUGGGAACGGAGGAUGGUGAUUGGGAUUGGCUUAGAGUCCUGUGAUACAAUUCAAGGGUUGUCCGGGGUGUUAUUGUUGUUGGGUUUGUGAUAGAGAAAAGGGUUGCUUUUUCAAAUGUCUGAAUUGGUAGCCCGUACUGGUCGGCAUCAGCAGCGCUAUGAGGAUGGUUGCCGCCUGGUUGCCGGGUGUAUUCCUUUUAAGUAUAGAAAUUCUGUUGAAAGCAAUGGUGCUGCAUCUCAGAAGAUUGUUGAGGUGCUAAUGAUCAACUCAACUAGUGGCCCCGGCCUUCUCUUUCCAAAGGGUGGCUGGGAAAAUGAUGAAACUGUUGAGGAGGCAGCACUACGUGAAGCUUUGGAAGAGGCUGGAGUUCGGGGUGAUUUAAAGCAUUUCCUGGGGUGCUACCUGUUUAAGAGCAAAACCCUCCAAGAUGAGUCUUGUCCUGAAGGAUUGUGCAAAGCUGCCAUGUUUGCUUUGCUCGUAAAAGAGGAGCUCCCAUCUUGGCCAGAACAAAGCACUCGCGAGAGAAGUUGGCUAACGAUUCCUGAAGCUAUUGAGCGUUGCCGACAUCCAUGGAUGCGAAAGGCCCUUGAGGAAGGUUUCUCCAAGUGGCAUGAUGAUCACUUAAAAAUUAACGGUAAGGAAGAGGACAUUCACAUUUCUUAACCUCUUUCUUCCCUGAGAAAGGCACCUGUCUCAAGUUGACAUGGUACCUUUACCCUUUUUGACUCUUCAGUAGGAGGUAAGGUCUUCCUCUUUAGGUCGUAUUUCUCUGCUUGUUUCCCCUGACAUUCAUUUCUAGUCUCGUUUCUGACUUAUUGAACAUGUUUCAACUUAUAAAGUAAAAAAAAAGAAAAAAAAUUAAAAGAAA